CAGUGUUAGAAUACGAGCGAGAGUGAACGGACGCGCGACGGCACUGCCCUCUGCCACUGCCAGCAGAUAAUUAACUCCUUUUGUUUCAAAAGAAAUGUUAUCAAAAAAGCAAUAAUAUUUAGCUAAUUUUAUUAAUAUACCACAAAGUGCAAUACAAAUUUAAUAAUUUGCUUUUGAAAAAAUAAGGAUCACAACUGAAAUUGCGUCGCUUUAACGUGAUCAAAGCGCACACAAAGGAAAACAACGUCAAUCCAGUGACUCAAAGUGACUUAAAAGUGACUCAUUGCGACUUCCAUUGCCAUUUCCACUGCCAUUGGCACUAUCACUGCCUGUUGCGCAGCAUCCGCAUUGCGUUCAACGAACAAACGAAUCAAAAUAGAAAUAGAGGUUUUUUUCAUCAUCGUCCCCGACCUCCAGCUGCCAUAAAAGGAAGAGAUCGUUGCACAGCAUGGAGGAAGAACGAGAGCGAGAGCGAGAUCGAGAGGUUGGCAUGAAGCAGAAACAUCGCCAGCACAUUAUGAGAAACAUGGACAAGCUGAUCAAAUACACUAGCUACAAGGAUUUGGUGGCGGAAACAGUGCGCAGGGGCUUAAUCUCGCCGGUGAUGCGUCGGAACAUUGAGGAUUUGAACGAGAAGGGGCACAGCAUGACCGAGGAGCAAGUGCAGGUGGAGCUGCUUAGAAAGUACUUCGUCAAGAUCACAAAACGUGGACCCACUGCCUAUGCGGAGCUAAUGGCUAUCCUACGAAGUCUGGGUUACAGCGAGGCCCUGCGUAUACUCGAGGAAAUGGACCCGCAGGGCAGCGAAAUCCCUUUCCUCUCCCUGAGUCGUAUGCAUAGCAACAAGUCCGCAGACAUUGUAGAUACUUGUCUCAGUGACCCACCCGUCGAAAUGCCCAGUGUCAGCAACGUAUCGGCAAUCCACAAUGAUGCAGAUGGUCCGCUGGUGCCGUUUGAGGAGCCCGUGCAGGGAAAACAGCGCAUUGUGGUCAAGUCAACACGCAUUCAUACCGAUGACAUAACUGGCACAUAUCCAAUGAAAUCUCAGCACAAUCGUGGCGUACUUCUUAUAGUUAACAUAAUCGAUUUCUCGAAUCCCGGCUUAAAGCGCAAGGGCGCAGAAGGGGACGGCGACUCGCUCAUUGAUAUCUUUCGUCAGAUUGGCUUCAAGAUAUUCUCGUAUAAGAACUUGGAUCAAAGGCAGUUCUUCAAUACGCUCUCAGCACUCACCAGUUCCCAGUUUGUGCGCGAUACGGAAUCCUUUGUCAUGGUGCUUAUGACGCACGGCGAGCGCGCCGGGGAAGUGGACCGUGUGCAAUUUAGCGAUGGCUCCCUGGCCGAUGUGAAGGCAAUCAUCAAUAGUUUCCGGUCGGAUCUGUGCCCCAAUUUGGUCCACAAGCCCAAGGUGCUAAUAUUUCCAUUUUGCCGUGGCGAUAAUCCCGAUCAUGGCCAGAUUUUGCCAAAAGUAAUGAGAAUGCGCAUACAAACCGAUGGCGUUCCCUUUGACAACGUGCCAACACUGUCGGAUAUUUUGAUUUGCUAUGCAAGCACGCCCGGCUUCGAGACGCAUCGGGAUACCGAAGAAGGCAGCUGGUACAUUCAGAAGUUCUGCGACACAAUGGCCGAGCAUGCACACGACAGACCGCUGGAGGAUAUACUAAAGAAGACGCACUCAAUAGUGGGCAAUAUGCGCACCAAGUAUGGCCAUUUGCAGACCGGCGUUUUCGAAGGUCUGGGCUUCAAUAAGAAGCUAUACUUCAAUCCAGGAUUCUUUGUCUCCGACUAGCCUAGACUGACGAGCACAAAUGAGAGCAUUCCCAAUCGACUGAUUUGCAUUUAUACGUGUCGUCCCUAUUUUAAU